AUUUUGUCCUAAACUUCCAUUUCAGGUGCCUUCUGUUGCCCACUUUCUGGGGACAAUGCAUGUGUCUCACUUUUUUGAGGAAUAUGAUUUUGCAAGUUUUCUGUACUGGCGCUGGAUUGCAAGAUUUCUCGCCCCGCUUUUUAAAAAUCAAGUCAAAGUCACAGUUGCUACCUUGCACAUCUUUUGGGGGAACUGGUUGGCUGGCAGUGCAAAAGGUCACAUCUGGGGGUGUAUAACCAUGGUAUCCCAAAUAGGACGCUCAACUAGGCAAGCAGAAAACAGAGAGGGUUGAAUCAAAUCAAUUCCUCUUCUUGCGUUAUGUUUCCAUCAAUGGACAAUGUGAAUGUUUCGACGUCAAACAUCCAGCGGAGUCUCGUCCCUUCCAAUGUUAUAUAUUCCUGUUAGUGAGCUGUUGUAAUAGAGGAGGAAGCAAGGGAAGAAUUUUCUGGACUUCACUUCGACAUAAGUUAAAAGCUUUCAUCGAUGUCGUUGGCGUCAGUCCGUUGGUUCAUCUACUUCAAUUUUGAUCUCCAAUCCAGAAAUUUGCUUACGGCUCCGGUAAAGGAACCCUUGGAAAACAUUAAUUAUUGCUCUAGCGCCGUGCAGAAGAAGAAGCUUUGCCUAGCUUUGUGGUCCAAAGAAUCGCGUGUUAGGCUGAAAAUCAGGCGUCUUGGAAAGAUCAAACGUAAAAUAUUCACCUAUGGUAUCUACAUAGUCAACAUCUGAAAUAGGAACACUACUGAGUUGCAGUAAAGGAAAAAACUUGGGUUCAAAAAUGCUGAAACAAAAUUUAGGCAAGCCAUUGAAAUGGCUUCCAGGAACCAAUCUUCCCAGGCUACUGUUGUGCCUUCUCUUCUUCAUCAGCCUCCUUACACUGAUCGUCCUAGGUUCGACAAUCUACUUCCCGCGGAACGUCUUCCCUACCACGACCGUAAUCUACCAGGAACAACCUCCUUUACCUCUUUCCUUCCACGGCAAAAUCUUCGACUUGCAAACGCAAGUCGGCGUGUUGCUAGAGCAGAUUCACUCCGACACCAAGGAAGCGAAAUCCCUGGCCAAGUUUUCCGAUCAAGUCAUCCGCAUCGCCGUGGCUUUGGACAAGCUCGCCACUCGCCUAUCACAUCACGUGAGCAAUCUGCCAGCUAAUGCCACCGAAAUGAGCAAUGUUGAUGAAGAUUCAAGCGAUCCAGAGGAAUCCAAAGCAGAUGCAUCGGAGGAAUUCAUCAGCAAUCAUGUCUUCAUGGCAGGGGAGCUCAAGAAUUACACUUCACCUAAACCGAACAGGGUCGCAGGCAAAAAGACGUUUCUCGGCGUCGAAGCAGUUAAUCCAUCGAUAGGAAUGGCCUGCGCAGCCAUGGCUUCUAACUUAGACCGGUUCAUGAGUUACAAGUUAUUCGGGACGUGCCCAGACGAUUGGGACUUGGCUCAGAGGCUCAUCAUCAGUGGCUGUGACCCAUUGCCCAGAAGGAGAUGCUUCUCAAGAACACCACCAAACUACACAAUGCCAAUGCCCUCAAGCAACUCUCUGUGGACUCAGCCUAGGGAUGUCAACAUAUUGUGGAGCAACUACAAGUGCAAGGACUAUCAAUGCCUCCUCUCCAAUCAAACAGUGAACAAAAGGGGCUUCUUCAAGUGCUCGGACUGCUUUGACCUCUCGAAGCGAAGGUGGGAAGUGCCAGCCAACAAGACGGAAUUGGCCGAGUUCACCAUCGACCAGGUCCUUGCGCUGAAGCCCGGGGAGAUCCGGGUUGGGCUGGACUUUGGCCCGACAACAGGGAGCUUUGCCGCCCUCAUGAGGGAGAAGAACGUGACGGUCGCCACAGCCACACUGAACCUCGGGGCGCCCUUCAACGAGGUGAUCGCGCUGAGGGGUCUGCUUCCGCUCUACAUCUCGGUCGGCUCGAGAUUGCCCUUCUUCGACAACACGCUCGACAUCGUGCACUCGAGCCUGUUCCUGGACGGGUGGGUCGGCGCCGAGCUGCUUCAGUUUGUGCUGUUCGAUUGGGACCGGGUCCUGAGACCGAGGGGGUUGCUCUGGGUGGACCGGUUCUUCUGCAAGAAGGAAGACGUGAAGAUGUAUGUGAACGAGUUCGAGAGGCUGAGGUACAGGAAGCUGCUGUGGAGGGUUGUGCCCAAGAGUGAUAAGUCGGAGGAUGAGUUUUUCUUCUCUGCAGUUCUUGAGAAGCCCCUUAGGCCUUGAAUCUCAAGAACUUCUUGGUGUAAAUAAGUCAGAAAGUGGGAUUAUGUCGUGGAAAGAUUGUUGUUUCGGUGCAAACGUUUAUCAGAAAUUGUAGACUUUCUCGGAGUAGUAUGCAUAGAGUUUUCCAGGCGUAUUACGAAGGGUUUGAGGCAGGGAAACAUUUUCACGAAGUCUUUCAGUGUUUAAAUUAAGAGAAGCAUUUUGUUG